AUGGCUGACAUGAUUCUGAACGGUCUUGACAAGAUGGACAUGGAAAAGAUGUUCCCUCUUGAUCAUGAAGAACAAUUUUCCUUUAUAGCAGAAUGGUACGAUGCAAGUGCUAGUCUAAUUCGGCGCUACUUGUUUUUCUUUUAUCCAAAAGAUGGAUCUAUUGAAAUGUAUGAUAUUAAGAACCAUCGUACCUUUUUGAAACGGACAAAAUAUGAACAAUUGCGGCAAGAAGACUUGUUCGUUGACAGCGUAAUUACUGUGUAUUCUCGUCAGCUCCAUUUAGUAAGCUACGGGGACCAAUACACAGCUCGCAAACUGGGAAGUAAGAAACAAAAGACACUAGGUAUAAUAAAGCCAGGUUCUGAUCUUAAAUUCGGAAAGUUGAUUGACAGGCUCUACAGCUCAGGACUUGUAAUAUCCAAGGCAAAAAUGAUAGAUUUAACAAGCCUCGUUUCUGUAAUCGGGGAUGAAGAUUUCAGAUUUGGGCAAGAGAUGGAGGAGGAAUAUGAAGAAAAAUGUUUUUACGCAACAACCAAAAACCUGGACAGCCACAGCAGCCCAAAGAGAAAGCAAAAGAGCAACAGCACAAAGUGA